UUAACAUCCCCUUUUUCUUCUCCUCGCAUUAUCCACAAGAAAUUAGGAAGAAAAAUAUUUCCAUCCCUUUAUUCAAUCCAAAGAACAAUAUCCAGUUUCCAAUCCUUUCUCUUCAUUUCUGCCCACUGGUUCCGAUUCGCUCUUGUGUCUAAUCAAGGAGAAAGUAUGGCUAGCGCAGCUGCCGCUGUUGGGAUGAUCGGAGGGGGCGGGUGCGGCGGAUCUUCAUCGACCUCCUGGUUCCGGAGCCGGAGAAAGGCGAGGAAUAGUACCGUCGCCGGAAGGAAUCGAAACUCGUCGCGGAUGUUCUGUAUGGCCUCAUCUUCCUAUUCGGUGAUGGAUCCUUACAAGACGUUGAGGAUCCAGCCUGGAGCCUCCGAAUCCGAGGUCAAAAAGGCCUUCCGCCAGCUCGCUCUCCAGUAUCAUCCAGAUGUGUGCAGAGGGAGCAAUUGUGGUGUUCAGUUCAGCCAAAUCAAUGAAGCGUACGAUAUUGCGAUAAGGAAUUUGAGGGAGGAAGCGGCGGCGGUGGUAGGGUAUGGGUCGUAUGAGGCGGCAGAUGAAGAAGGAGAAGGAGAUGAGGCGAUGGCGGAUCCAGAGUGGGACAUGUGGGAGGAAUGGAUGGGGUGGGAAGGAGCCGGGAUCAGGGACUACUCUUCCCACAUCAAUCCUUACAUUUGACCAUCAGAUUCAGAGGAGGAGCUGGAUGUGCAAACAAGAAAUGUGAAUAUUUUUAUUGUGUUUUCGUUCGCUCUUGGGCCUCUGUCCUCAGGCCCACCUUUGACAGAUAAGAACAGAAGGUUGUGGCCACGUUUGUAAAUAUUGACGACUGUGAGUUGAGGUUGGAAGAAGCCAUGCAAUGUGUACAUAAUAUGAUAUUUGUAUGGUAUGCCUGUUUCUCGCAGUAUUUUCCCUUUUCUGUGGAUGAUGCCGAGACCAGCACUGUUUGUUUGGCAAAGGUGUUGAGUUCCUAACUAACUGGAAGUAGAGGUUGUCUUGGUACAAAGAGGUUGAAGAUGAACGGAUCAGAGAAAGGACUCAAAUUUAUACUCUAAUCAACUAACUAAAUAAGGUUUAAUUUCUAAU